AUGGACAUACUUGAAAAGGAGGGUUUGGUGGUGAUUCAAGGGGUCGGAAAGUUCGGGAAGAAGUCAUGGAAAAGGAUAUGGAUGCAACUGUACCAGCCCAGCGCGUCUGGCGUAGGCCGGAUAGAGCUGUACGAGAUGAAGGACGGUCCUCUGGGCUUCUCUGGCGGCACGUCCAAACCGCCGGGCCUCAAAAGGAUGGAGAAACGAGUCAUCCGACUGACUGACUGUCUGAGCAUCUCCCCGGCCCCGGAGGAGAGCUGCCCAAACGAGUUUAGCGCCUUUGAUGUGAACACUACUCAGCGUACCUACACCUUUGCGGCGCCCUGCAAUGAAGACUGGAUGCAGACUCUUUGCGAGCUGGCGUUUUUGAGAAGUAAUGGACCUUCAGACGCAAGAAAAAUCCACAGAGAAGAAGACACAUCAAUGUCAGAAAACGAGCUGUAUUCAACUUGGAAGGCAGGUCAGUACCAGGUGAAAGUUCAGCAGACAGAGGCUGCUCUGCGCUGCCAGUUGGCUGGUAGCUAUGGCCUUAGCCUUAGCUCAGAAGCCCUGUCUCUUCUGGACCGAGACACAGCCGCGGUCAUCUAUUGCUGGCCCUAUCGACUGCUGCGGCGGUUUGGCACAGUCAAGGAUGGAGGCGUCACUAUUGAGGCGGGCCGACGUUGUGAAUCCGGAGAGGGCCACUUUGUUUUCCUGUCCAAACGAAGCCAGGAGAUCUACUGGGCCAUGGAAGACGCCAUCGCCAAGCAGACGGGUCGGCACCACCAACACCACCACGAGUCCCGACCCGGCCACGGACCCGGGCCCCCAGCACCACCACUGGAGCAGCAGCCGGCAGCCCUCUCCCUCAUCCCCAGGCCCCCCUCCUUCGACAAACCAAGGAGCACCACUCCACCCCUGCCACGCCGCAACAUCUCCCUGCCAGAAAUCCCUCAAAACAAGCCGCAGCAGCAGCAGCAGCAGCAGCAGCCUAGCACCCACAAAGACAUCUACGCUGUCAUCGAGAUGCCCAGGCCCCAACCGAGGCCGCCCAGGAUGCGUCCGGCUCUGCCCCAAGUCCUCCCCUCCCUGGGUAGCAGCAGGGACAGGGACGAUGACGACAACGACGAUGAUGAGGAGAGGUGCGACUCGUUGGGCAGUGACUGUUUAGGCAACGCUAAUGAGGACUCGGUGGUGUACGCCAAGCUGAGCGCGGCGCAUCACCACGCCGCGUACGAGGAGGUCCCCCCUAAUUGCUCGGCGGCGGAGAGCGAGUCGGCCUACAGCACCGUGUCGCGUCUCUCCUCGUCCCCGAGAAGGGCUCAGCUGGAGAUCUCUGCCGUCUCGGUCAACUUCAAACAAACGCUGGCCAACAUGCUGUUCAAAGACCUGGCCAAGGUCCAGCUGCAGGCGGCCAAGCCCAGCACAGACAGUCACGGCGCAGACUCUGAUGGCACCAUUUAUCAGAACCGCCUGGAUAUGUGA